AUGAAACGAAAGGAUUCAUGUGCAGCAAGGGUAGGCCGGUACAAUAGUACAGGACAAGAACUUCAACACAGCCCAGGUCACGGACUCUACGUUAAUCCAAUUUACAUCACAGAAAACCAGAAUGGUGAUGUGAUUGUUUCUGACUUGAUUGAUAAUGUUUCUGAGAUAGGUGUUGUAGUGGUGACAGACUCUACUGGGACUCAUCGCUUUUCCUACACAGGAAAUCCGCAAGUAUCGAAAUUUAAACCACGUGGAAUUUGUACAGAUGCUCUGUCACACAUCCGAGUGUGUGAUCUUUACACAGAGACGGUACAGAUGAUAGACCAGGAUGAUUCUCCAACUUCCUCCUCUAGUUGA